UUUGGAGUAGGACUAGUAGGAGCCCAGUUUAGUUGUCAUCUACGUUCCGUUGUGUUGUUUUUCUUGCGUCAAGUGCGUCAUGAGAGUGCGUACGCGUGUAACAUCCAUGUAAAAAAAAAUUAAUCUCGUCUUCGCUCCUUUAUUGUGUUUUCGUCAAAUAAGAUGCACUUUGAAAAUGUUGCAAGAGGAAGCUCUAUACAAGAGCACAUCUCCUCGGAAAGGCGAUGAAAUUCAAAAACUUAAUUUUAUACAAUCAUUACCAAACCUGUUAGCUACAGAAACAGAAUCAUGUAUAACACGUGUAAUACCAAAACUGCAGCAGUCAUUAGCUACUGCAUCUACGGAAUUUCACAUUGCAGCUUCAAGUACAUUCAAAACAAUUUUAGAACAGAAACUUGUCAACCAUAAUGUUUUUAGUCGAACAUUCCUUCAAAGUAUCUUAGAUUCACUUGAAAAGCGUGAUCCAGUUAUCUGUCAUGCAUGGCUGGAGACCUUACUGGAUGUGAUAGAGUUACUGCCGAUAGAAACCAUAAGAAAGCAGAUACUUCCAUUGAGUCUAAACAAAGGGCAAUUAUCACAGCCUAUCUAUUCAAGGAUAAUAUGCAGCAAGAUAUUAGGAAAGAUUUGUACAAGAUUUGAAUCUGGUCUGAUACAGAAGGAAGUUCUACCAAUGGUACAUUCCCUCUGUCAGGAUGUAAAUAGUGAAGUACGAGCUAAUAUCUGCUUGCAGCUACGUUUCGUUGCUGAAGGCCUUAACGUUGACACUCUAAAAACCUCUUUGCUACCAUCUCUCGUAGAAUUAGCAAGUGAUGAAGAAAGCAAUGUAAGAUGCGCCGCUGUAGAAACAAUAGCGUAUUUGCUACCUUAUUUUCAAGAAGAAACAAUAAAAACUAUCAUAGUUCCACUUGUUAAAAAAUUAUGUGAAACUUCACAGUCUAUAUAUCACGACAAUAGCGUGAUAUGUAUAAUUUCCCAAGAAUUUGGAAAAAUUGUACUUGGCCUAGAAAAAUGUUUAUUACCCGCGGAAAAAACAUGGUUUUUAAAAUAUUAUCAACAACUUGCACAAAUGGGCAUUGUUAUAAUGAGGAAAGAAUCCAAGCAUCAUAUUCCAUUUAUGGAUAUUGAUCUUGACGAAGACGAGAAAUACGUGGAAUGCAGAAGAUGUUGCGCAUUUAAUCUUCCAGCAAUGUUCAUUUUUGUAUCGAAUUCUCCAGAUGAUACAGAUUCAUUGCUUCUUACAUUCACUGCAUUGGCAAGCGAUCAUUACUAUUUGGUUCGGAGAACUGUAGCGUGUGGAAUUCAUGAAGUAGCCAAAGUAUUGGGUCCAAAAAGUGGACGGAUAAAAACAGAUCUAAUAAAAUUAUUAAAAGAUAAUUCUGAAGAAGUUUUACAAGGUAUAGUUCCUCAUAUAGCAUUAAUUCUUGAAUGUUUGGUUGAAAGUCACGUUAUCGGCAUAGAUAAAAUGGAUUCCAUUGUUAUGGAAAUAGGUAGAGCUUUAUUGAAAUGUGAAUCAGAAAUAGCAGGUACACAUAAUUGGAGAUUAGUAUCUUUAAUACAUUCACAGUUUGAAGUAUUGCCUAAAUAUUUUCCAAGUGAUUUUAUAUAUUCAUAUUUUGUGCCAAUGGCUUUUUUCAGAAUAUUACAUGCUAGGGCAAUACCUAUUCGUCUCUCAUCGGGAAAUCUAUAUCUUAUAUUUUUACGUUAUAACAUAAAAUCUGCGCAAAGAGUAGAACUUCGUACUAAAUUAUGUUCAGAAUUGGCCAAUAAUACGAAUUCUUACUCGAGAAUGAUGUUUGUUCGUAUAAUGAUAAAAGCUUUAGAAAUUUUCUCCUCUACUUAUUUCAAGGAGCAUUUUUAUACUACUUUAUUAAGUUUGGCUGAAGAUAAUAUAGCUAACAUAAGAAUGAAAGUAGUUAAUUUGAUGCCUCAAUUAAAAAGUCUCCUCCGAAUACCGGCUGAUAAAAAAUUGUUAACUAUAUUAGAAACAACGGUGACGCAUUUAAUAAAUAGCGAAAAAGAUAGAGAUGUAUUAAAUUCAUUAACAAUUGUUAUAAAAAAAUUGGACGAGACAGUACUUAAAUAUGAAACCCGAACUCCAAGUGGAGUACUUUCAAAACAAGAAAUUGAAGAUAAUAGAAAAUUUGAAGAAGAAAAGAAAAUAUCAGGAAUAGCAAUUGGAAAAGUCCCAGCUCCGAAAAAAGGCGUAUGGCGACAAGCUGAUUCCUCGAAAGCGCCGCAAACAACCUCCAAAGAUAGCAUAACUUCUCCUCGUCCAUCAACUGAAUCAUUAAAAACAAGAAUUCAACUAACACACCCUUGGGAAAGAAUAGGGUAUACCAACUCAAAUAUUAGUACAACCCAUACUAACUUUGACAAUGGAUCGUGCAGUGAUUAUCUAAUGCAAAAGACUCAGCAAAGCCGAUCGAAAUUAUCAUUGCCCUUUAUAUUGUGGCCGGAAACGUGUGAAUGCAAUUAUGGGGAAGAAUAUACUUUUCAUUCUUGUCCCUCGUCCGAUUAUGCAAAAUCUGUUUUUUUGGCGAUCAUGAGAGAAAAUCGGCGAAGAUCGCAGCAAAAUUUUCUAUUAACUCGAGAUUAUGCUCGCGAAUUUUCCACUAACAUUGCCAGCAAGGACACUGCCACUGUAAGAACGCUUGCAGCUCACUAUAACUCUUGUUGGCCUUGUAGCUCUAUGCCCGAGAUACCGGUAAUGCUGUCGGAUGACGAAUUCCUUGUGGAUGCUGGUAUCAGGAUUCCGGUGCAAUUCUCUCAGAGUACUUCCAAGAUACCACAUUUACAAGAUUCCAUAUUUGGUAAGAGAAGAACCUCGUUCAAUCAUAUUCGGCCUACUGGCAUGAAUUUCGAUAAAGGAAAGCCUAAGAGAAAUUCUUCCGUUGAAUACGAAGAUUGUAUAAAAAGAAGAACCAAUACUGAUCAAUCUAACCAUGCCAGAACUUCCAUCGAUUGCGAGGAUGGAUUAAGAUUGGUGAAGGAAAAUCAACAGCUUGGUAAGAAAGAUCCUGUAUAUGUUGGUCCAUUGAUAAGAUCGAGAUUUGGAUUCGGUGUAAAUCAAGAUAGGACGAUGGACGACAAAAUGAAAAGACGAAAUUCGUUAAUAUUAGAUAAAGACAAGCCGAAAGUUGUACAGUCAAAGUGUACGUUAGACAGGACUAAAAGGAAUUCUAUAAAUUUCGAGAAAGGAAAGCCUAAAAGAAAUUUUUCGGCCGAGUAUGAAGAUGGUAUAAAACGAAGAACCAAUGGUACUAAUCAUAUGAAAGGUAUACGAUUACGAUCGAUUGAUUAUGAAGAUGGUUUGAGUUUAGUGAAGGAGAAUCAACAGCAAGAUAAAAAAGAUCACUUAUAUCUUGGACCUGUGAUGAGAUCGAGGUUUGGAUAUAGCGUGAAUCAAGAAAGGGCAAUGGACGAUAAAAUGAAACGACGAAACUCAUUGAUAUUGGAUAAAGACAAGCCUAAAAUUGUCCAAACAAAGUGUAUGCUGGACAGGACUAAACGACAUUCUGCAAAUUUUAGUUUAAAAAUGUUGGAUACAAAAGAGACUAAAACUACUUUGAAGGAUCAGCAUAGCUUAGAAGUGACCGACUAUACACCGUCGGAACGACUAAGCAGAGCUUUAAGACGAUAUUCGACAUUAGAUGUGAAUCAUAAUCAGGGACAUAGCAAAAUACCCUUAAGAAGUUUUGUACGUCGUAGUAGAACUGCACCUGCCACUAGGGCUUCCAGCCCUGUGGGCUCACAAUUUAGGUACGAAGAAAUCGAUAAGCUGUGCCGAAAAUUCGAGGAGUAUCAACUCUAUUAGUGUAAUUACAUCAAACGCAUUUACGUAUAAAAGGAGAAAAAAAGAAGAUAACUGUAUGUGCUGGUUCGCAUCUAAUUACAAAUACGUUGUAAUUCAUCAGGGGGAUAGAAAGAUUUUGUGGGAUACAUUUUAUAUAUGUAUAUAUAUUCUGUGUAUUUUAACCUUUUAUAGAAUCUUAGGUUUUUCGAAUUCAGCAUUUUCUUUGAAAUAAUGAGGCAUUUGAAUACUAUUAUGAGGUUGUUCCGAUUUACGAUUUCGUACAACCUUGUAUGUUUCUUAUCUCUUAUUAACUAGCUUAACGAUAUAUUUUUCUAUUCUGUAUAUGAUUGGCAGAAGUUAAAGAGGAGGUAAAUCUAUAAUAUUUUAUUUAUUAUCAGUAAUCUAUUUUAGACAUUUUUUUAUUUGAUCAUAUUCCCACAUUAUAUUGAAAAAAAAUUUAUAUUUCGAUAAAUCGACUAGGAAAGUUUAUCAGGUAUUUUAGCGUUUUUAAUAAAAAAGAUACGCAUGCUUAUGUUGGAAGACUGUUUAUUAGACGAUGCUGUAUCGAAAUUCGUAAAAGUAAAAGAAUAAGACUAUUUUGCACUUUAAUUUUAUAGCUGCAUAUCUAAUACGUAUUACUCUAUAAAAAUUUAUUCACUAAUUGAAUAAUAUAUUCUAAUAAAUUAUUAUAUUUAGGGGACUACACACGAUAGAUGACAAGAUAAUAAAAGAUAGAAUUUAAUUAUCUUAAUAGCCAAUUUUAGGUCUAGUCUCGAAUAGUUAUAAAAAGCAGGGCUAGUUUUAAUGUCUGUAAAAUGAUGUUUUUUAAAUGUUCGAUACGACUUUUUGUAUCUUACUUUUUUUUUUCUUUUUUCUUUUUUUCUUUUAACAAAUUCAGUUGUAACGUGCCAGUAAAGGCUGAUAAUUUUUAAUAGGAUUUUUCGCCAUUGUUUUUUUAUAAUUUGUUUUUUAAUUUACCUUGAAUUUACAAAAAAAAACAAUAAUGUCGUAUAGACAUAUAAUAGCGAACGAUUAUAAUGAUUAUAUAUUAAUUUUAUUAUUAUAUCGUGUUGCAUGGGAGGUGUUAUUUACUAGCUAUUGUAAUUUUCGAUCGGUUUACUAAUAUCGCCGUUAAUAAUUAAUUUUUAUUCAAAGAACCAGUGAACUACGAUAAACGAAGUAACUUUUUGAGCGCAACUUUAGGGAUUCUCGAUUCCCCGAUUUCCCUUUAAACACGUUGAUCGAUUAAAAUUCUUCCCUUGCGUAGUGGACUGGAAUUACUCUUGUGUCUUAAAAACGAGAAAUAUCUACGAAAAUAUCAUACAGUCUUAUCACAUACACACAUACAUGUACACACACACAAAAAUAUAUGUACAUAGACUGACCAAAACGAUUUAGCAAAUGUCUAAUUAUAAAAUAGUAAUCAAAGAAGAGAAAAAUUAAUGAAAUUUAUCGUGAAACUAAAAUAAUAAAAGAGAUAACAGUAUAUAUCAAAAGGACAAGUAUAAUAUCUUCGCAGAAUAUUUUCAUUGAGCUUCUGAUAAAUAAUGUAUUUUGGGGUGAAAGAUCAAAAGACAAAAAAAAAAAAAAAAAAAAAANNNNAAAAAAAAAAAAAAAAAAAAAAAAGAAAAGAAAAGAAAGAAAAGAUAUAAGACGCUUCAAAGCCAAAGAUAAUAUCUAAUGAUGAUACGAUUAAAUAUCAAAUGUACAAACCCUUAAAAGGCAUUAUGUACUUGUAUCAUGUACAUAUACUGUAUAAGCCUUACAGUGCAAGUGCCAUUGAAUUGAUUGGAGACUUCAACGCCUGGAAAGAGGGUGACUGUACCGUCGAAUACAAGGGGAAUACAAGGUAAAAACUUCGAAAAAAGUAACACCCAAAAUACAUAAUAAUGUCGAGCAACUGUCACGAUGAUUAUUCAUGCGAUAUUUAAUAUCACGAUCUUGAUACGUUGCUCCGAUAAAAAAAGAUUAUCCGUAGUUAUAGUUGGCUUGUAAAAAAUAUUGUUCAAGAAACGAAGCAUCGACUAUUUUUCUUACACAUUUAUUAUUGUAACUAGUUCUUUGCCCAUCCGAAUUUAGUUUCGACCUCUUUCAUCUUCUUUCGUUCGUUUCUCCGAUUUCAUAAUUUUCGAGGGUUGUAAACCCAAUUUUAUAUAGAACUUUUUUUUUUUUUUUUUUUUUUUUUUUUAAUAAUCGCUAGUCAAUCCAUUUCGCAAAGGUUUUUGCCUAUAUAUAGCAAUUAAUCGUUAUUGGUCUACAGGAAUAUAUACUUUUUCUCGUACAAGCUAUUGAACACCGAAGAUAGAUCACAUUCUCUUUACGCUUAGAGAUUAGAAAGAGAUGCAAUUUACCGAAUCGAUUGUUGCCGCGUAAACGAUAUUAAUUAUUUUGUUAUAAUUGUAAGAUCUUACGGCUACCGACUUAUAUGGUAACAUAGCGAAGCUUGUUGUAUUAUUUUUAUAGGAGACUUUAGGGUAGCGUCAGCCGUACGAUUUCGUGAAUCUAAUAUAAUCACACAUGGUGCAAAAUUAUUCGAAUCGACUAGAGAAAUUUUACGACGGAUUGAUAUAUAUAUUUAAAUAAAAGAAAACUUGCGAAUAUUUCGCCGAAUCGUACGGUUGUUGAUUCACCAUGCGACGAAACUUCUUUUUUAUAGGAAAUCUUAGAAUAUAUUAUAUAUAAUAUAUAUAUAUAUAUAUAUACACAGACACACACUAAUAAGUAUAUAUGAUUUAAUGAAAUUGAACAAAUUGUUAAAUGUGCAACUAUAGGGACAGCCAUAGCAUGGGAAAGCGCGUUUCGAAGAAAACCAAGCGAAAGUAGAGAACGAAGAACGUUUACUCGAGCACGUUAGAAGGAACUAACUAGGAAAAAAACACAGGGAAAAAGUAAAAUUUCUCGAAUCUCGUAUUUUCGCCCAAGAAUAAUCGCUUAAAAUGCUGCUCCUUAUUUUUGUACAGAUCUUACCGUACGUAAUAUUAACUUUUGUGCCAGAAAGUAAAAAUAUGCAGUAUAUUAUAUAUAAUAAGUAAAGAAAAAAACACACACAGACAUUCGUGCUACUCUCGUUUUACGUAAUUGUUAACGUAUUUGUUUCUUUAUAUACAUAGAAAAGAAAAAAAAGAUAACAAAAGAAAGAGAUGAGCACUUUUAUCGCUGACACUGUUAUAUAUAUUAUACGUAUCGUUACGUACGUAUAUCGCGUACGUAAAUCGAGUAAACUCUGGGAGAUAGAAAUUUCUUUAUCCUGGAUAUCGUCGUUCAUUUGGAAAAAGAAAAAGUAAUAAUAUGGUGACCAUUGAAUAAGAAGAAAGAAAGGCACGUCACGCGUCAAUUGAAUUUUAUCGCAUUAGAAACUGUUAGAAAGAAAGUUUCCAAACGUUAUGGCCUGCGUAUUUCUUUCGGGAAAGAGUAAUCUGUGAUGAACAAAAAACAAAAAAAAAAAAAAAAAAAAAAAAAAAAAAUAAAAGUAAUGAUACAUACAUAUUUAAACGCGAGAAUAUAAAUGGAAACAAAUAAAUAACGCGAAGAGAAUUACGUUCGUGUAAUUAUGAACGUAUCGAAUUCGUUGAACGAUAUUUUUAUUACUCAUAAUUGCUCCCGUAAAGAAUAAGGAAUGUUACAAACAAAGAGAAGUGUAUUUUUGUGAGGUAUAUCUGUAAGAAACAAAAAUCUAGUUAAAUGUGAACAACUAAAGAACAACGCGAUCGUAGAUUUUAUUGGCUCUAUCGAUAUAUUAUACAUCUGUUUUAAUAUACGUUACAAACAAUAAA